UAGAGGUACAGAUGGUGGAGUGCUGAGUACUGAGUGCAGAGUGACAACAUUUUGCAACUUUUUAUAAGAACAGUACCUGAAUCCCAGCUGAUUCUCUAGUCUCACUCGAUGGAAGAUUUUGUAUGGCUGAGAGUUGCAGAAAUACUGCUGUGUUGGUAAAGAUGAGCAGUGCAGAUCAGGAGGACCCACCUAUGUAUCCACAGCGCAAACAUGAAGACAUGGAGUGUGACAGCACUGCCAGGGAAGAUACACAACAGGGGGCGGUCGUAUGUCUUGGCAACAAUGAAGUGAAGAGUCGAGCUGUGGUAAAGUAUUCGGCAGCACCUCCACCUGCCACCUAUGCUCUUCUCCAGGAGAAGACGGAUCUCAAGUUACCACCCGCUAACUGGCUACGACAGAGUGCCCAGCUUGGCUCUGCUGGCACUACCGUAUUUGGUUCAAGCAGCAAGAGCAAGCCCUUCUCCAGCUUUGGUAUGGCCUACGACUUUAUUGAUUCCAUCGGAAAUGACGUUGAUGUGGUGUCUGAUUCAGAGAACAUAAAAAAACUUCUGAAGAUCCCGUACAGUAAGUCCCAUGUCAGCAUGGCAGUGCAUCGGGUGGGGAGGACUCUGCUGCUUGAUGAACUGGACAUUCAGGAGCUGUUUAUGAGAUCAUCACAGACUGGAGAUUGGACAUGGCUUAAAGAGUUUUACCAGCGGCUCAUUGACCAGAAGUGGCAAAGGAAGAAGAAGAGUAAAGAGCACUGGUAUGAGAAAGCCAUUCUGUCCAAGUUCCUUUAUUACAGUAUAAAUGGAGAUGAUGCUGCAGAGCCUGUGCCCUCACGCUCAAAUAACUGUGCUGAGGCAGAGGAGGCUUGCGGUGAAGAAUAUGGCCCAUCCUGGCCUGCUACCUUUAACAGCUCUACCUCUGAUUCAGAACAGUCUACUAUUCCCAAAGAGGAGUGUAUGGAAAAUAUAUAUGCUCUCGGCCAUGUUACGUCCAUCCCUAAAGAGCAGAACCUGCCAACACUUUUUAAUGAAGGAGAGAACAGCCAGGGUUUAAAAAAUGACUUUGUUCGGAACAUCCUCUGGACAUUUGAGGACAUCCACAUGCUCGUGGGAUCCAAUAUGCCCAUCUUUGGAGGAGGUCGUUACCCAGCAGUUAGUCUGCGACUCAGGGACAACAACAAACCAAUCAACAUUCUCACUGGUAUGGAUUACUGGCUGGACAAUCUGAUGUGUAAUGUUCCAGAACUAGUUAUGUGUUUCCAUGUAAAUGGAAUCGUACAGAAAUAUGAGAUGAUCAAGACAGAGGAUAUUCCUGAUCUGGAUAAUUCAACAUUUUCCACUCGAGUGGUGAAGGACAUUGCCCAGAAUAUUCUCUCUUUUCUUAAGUCUAACUGUACCAAAGAGGGACACACCUACUGGCUCUUUAAAGCCAGUGGAAGUGACAUUGUAAAGCUGUAUGACUUGACUACUCUCUGUGAAGAGGCACCUGAAGAGAAAUGCCAAAACCCUUUCACUCUACCUGUGGCGGUGCUACUCUACAAGGUGGCCAGCAAUAUGAUGCUGAAAAAGACUCAAAACAGGAAGCAUUAUGGGACCAUCAGAACUCUGCUACUCAACUGUGUUAAACUGCUAGAUGAAGAGAAGCACACUCAGAUAAUCGCCUCAGCUCACUACAUGUUGUCCGAGCUUUUCCAGCUGAAUGACUCGAGCGAGGAGGAGGGCAGCGGGGAGUCUCUACGCAGCGGCGGCUCCGAGGAUAGCUAUAGUGAGGAUGAGGACGAAGAGGUGGAUGAAGAUGAAGACAGCUGCUCGUACAGUAUGUCGUCUGAGCCAUCGGUGGACUGUAAGGCUGUGGCUGUUAUAAAAUCUGUGGAGGAGCUGUCUGUUCCUGAAAAGUACAAGUCCACCCACAUCAUUAGACCCAACUGUUCAUUUCCUGUGCCCCAAGACAAAGAAGAGAAAUGUAGACUUGUUCUUUGCUAUGUGCUUAAGGGAUUGAAGGGAGUGGACAGCAGUAUAAAGAAGGAGACUGACCUACCAGCAGCUGACCCCAGCACUCCUAUCCCUCUGAAGUACGAGGAGAGCGGUGCCAGAGCUGUGGAGAAAGAAAUUGCUUUGCUCCUCGACAGAGCGGGUCCUUGUGGGGAGGGACUGAAGUUUCCCAUGCGCUCGGGCAUGCUGCCUGGCUCCUGGCAACACCAGAUGAAGCUGCAGCUUUUCCUAAAGGCCUCAAGAGCUUAUUAUGUGCUGGCGGAGGCAGCCACCAACCUGAUGAAGUACGGCCGGGCUCUGCGUUACAUCAAGCUGGCCCUACAGUGCCAUGAUGCCUAUUGUGCUGUUAGUAGUGGACUGCAUCCGACAGUGCUCCUCUUCCACAGUCAUUGUCUGUCUUUGUGUGGGGAUGUGCAGUUGAUGCUGGCACAGAAUGCCUCGAACAGAGCUGCCUAUUUGGAGGAGUACAGCUACCAGACCAGAGAUGAUCAAGAGAUCCUUCAUUGUCUCCACCGUGAGAGCACCUGCCAAGCCUUCAACAUGGCAACUGACCUGGCCACUGACCCAGAGUACCAAUUGUUUGUCAGCAGUAAGUGUUAUGAGGCAGCCCAUGACCUUUUAACCUCUGAGGCUCUGAAAGAUCUGGGCCCUGAGAAGCUAGCACAGGUUUUGAAGCGACUCGGCAACAUACGCAACGAGCUGGGAGUCUUCUACAUGAACCAGGCUGCAGCUCUUCAGACAGAAAAAGGAGAGACGCGGAGAACAGUUAGUACAGCAGAGCAGGAGCUGUGGAAAAAGAGCUUCUCGUAUUUUGAGAAGGGUAUGGGGAACUUCGAGGCUAUCUCAGACUCUGUCAACAAAGCCCUGCUGCUGUGUAACAUCGGAAGGUUGAUGCGCAUCUGUGCACAGGCCCAUUGCACCAUGACCAAAGAAGAGAGCAGGGGAGAGUUCUCACCUGAGGAAGCUCUGUACUACAACAAGGCAGUGGAUUACUAUCAAAGGGCCAUGAAAAGUUUGGGCAGUAGAGAGAGUCAUGCAGCAGUGUGGGAUUCAGUGAACUGGGAGCUUUCCACCACGUACUUUACCCUGGCUACACUAUUACAGGAUUACGCCCCACUGUCACGCAAAGCACAGGAGCAGGUUGAAAGGGAGGUGACAGAGGCCAUGAUGAAGUCUCUGCGAUAUUGUGACCUUCAGACAGAGUCAGCUCGCCAGCCGCUCUACCAGUACAGAGCAGCUACCAUCCACCACAGGCUGGCAUCUAUGUACCACAGUUGCUACCGUAACCAGGUGGGUGAUGAAAGUGUACGGAAGCAGCACAAGUCACUAGCGGAACUUCAUUAUUCCAAAGCAGUGCGUUUGUUUCUUAGUCUCAGUGAUGCUCCAUGUGAGCUGCUGCGCACACUGCUGGAGCGAGUAGCCUUUGCUGAGUUUACUAUGGCAGGCCAGAGCAGUAAUGCAGUGAAAUUGAAGACCCUGACAGGAGCUCUAGAAAUCAUGUGUGAGACUCGUCAUGCCUUUAACCUUAUAUACAAGGAGCUGCUGGAACAACAGCAACAUGAGGCAGCAGCAUCAGAAGAAAAGCCUGAUGAGACCUCAGAGGCCUUAGAUAGCUCCACCUCACCAGAGCUGAACACACAAGAGGUGGUCAAGCUGAUCGGUGUUUUUGAGCCCAGCGUUUCCUUCCUUCUGCUGCAACUGAUUAAACUCGGCACCACCAGCAAACGCAAACCCAGCAGUAAAGAGGAGGAGCAGGUGAAGGUCUAUAAGCAGGUGUACUCUAGACUGUUGCGAGCGGAAAAGAAUUCCCCCCUGAUCCAGCGUGUCGUGCUCUAUUUGGAACUUCUCGAUCAGCUGACCCCACCAGCAUGAACUGAUAAAACUCUCGUUUUUUUUAAUGAGACAUCACAUUUCCAAUGACAAUCAGCUGUCAGAUUAAGGACCUAACAGGGGCUAAUAUUAGUCAGAAUUGGCCAGACCUUGUACUGAAACACUGCUAAAAAGGAGGCAAGCUUUUCCUCACCAGUGCCUUGUUCUCACACUUGCAGCUGAUCACUCACCAGGUCUUUUGCCAGGAGGCGUUAACACCCACUCACUUUGUGUAUUAAGGGAUAUAAAGUCUGUUUACAGUACAGACUUUGCUCUGGCAAGGUGUUCAUGUAGAAUUAGCUGCAGAAUUGUUUCUCAAAGCUGAGCCAAUGAAGAUAUUUUAUUUAUGGAGAAGAAGCGAAUAUGAGCACACUAUUAUUUUGCUAUUGGAUGGAUAAGCUUGUUUGCUUCUGAGGUAACAGACUGAAUUUACUGAAUGACAAAUAUGCAAAUGUGCAAUAAUAGGGCAAUGUACAGGACAGGCUUUGUGUAGUUUGUGUAAAUGUGUGUUUUGGCUUUGCAGUUAAGCAUCCCUAUUAAAGGUUUUGGAAGUUGUUUAAAAGUAA